AUGACGACCGGCAGAGUAGUAGAGGCCGACAGGCCCACGAGACUUCGACGUUAUGUGUUCGGGGAUGGACAGUCGGAUGUACAGAGACGUUUGGCUUCAGGAAUAUCAGCUCCGACAGUUGCAGAGAAGAUCGCAGAGAUGAGGAGACACUUGGAGUCGCUGGGUCAUGGGCCUACAGCAGCGAACGAGGAACAGCAGAACAACAAGAUGGCUCGUGAGCUCGAAAAACUGGCACAAGUAUCUGGAGUAGCAACACCAAGACAACGAAGCUGA